AUGGCCAACACUCUAUUCGGAACCUUUUGCUUGGUGCUCUUGACAUCAGUCCAAGGGUUUUUGCCCCCCAGCCAGAUCCAGGGUGUCCGUAACAACUUGCCAGUUGAGAAGACUGCUCUAAAUCUUCAUGAUAUGUCCGAAAUAGUUACGGCAGCAGCCAACAGUGUAUGGCUUGCAACGAUUGAUGCCGAUAUCGACGCCAUUCCCGAGAACGAAUUUGCAACUGUCUUCGCAGGUGGCAUUGGUGUUAUGUUCGGGGGAGUCUUGAGCACGAUGAUUGUCGGCUUUAUUCUUGAAAAGUCUGACAUUUAUGGCGAAUUGGCAGCAGAGUCAUAUUUGCAAGCUGCCGACGACGAGGAAUUCUGGAAGGGACUCUCUGCGGAAGAAAAGGUGAUGGCAGAAGCAGCUCUCAAUAGAAUAAAGGAAUCAAGAGGCGAGGUUGUCUCACCUCCGACGUCUGAACCUGCCGGUGCUGAAGAAUCAGCAACGCCCACGGGAUCAUCGGUGGAAAUGACUACUGAGAAAACAUCUCAAGAAAAGUCAAAGUCUAGUGUUCCAAACGACAUGUUUAGUGAUUACUAA